UAACAGUAGGUUAAUUCCCUGGCGGCUCGUCGAAAGUGUUCGAAUUCUUGUAACUGAAACCUCAUGUCGAAAAAAUCGACAUGCCAUAAACUAUUGAUGAAAGUGAAGAAGACGGACAGGAACUGGUUUUACCCAUUGUCGCUAAAACAGUAGUCACAAGUCACUGUGGUUGUGGUUGCUUUCCGUAGUUCAAGUAAAAAUAAAUUCUCAUGCAAACCAUACCGCUGAGUUCACAGGGGAGUUUUUUUUUAAAUUUUUUUUAAUUUUUUGUUCUUUAUCAGAGCAUCAGCUUGUAUUAAUACUUUUUGAACUGACGUUUAUCGGAAACUUCAAUACACAGUUUACAACUGUGGGACAUUUUCAGCUUGUCUCAACUUCUCAGUGCAACAAACACACUUUUGACAUCUUUUUUUAUUUUAUAUUUUUUUGUACAUGAUUAGCUCAGUUUAGGUGUAUGUUUCUGCAUCUUUACUAGACAUGCCAAUUAAUGCACAGGUUGUUGUGUAUACUCUCUGAAAUAUUGUUUAUAAUGCAUUUUGCUUCAGUGAGAACAUUUGCUUGAAUCGUGUUUAUGUUUUGCAGAUGCAGCAUCCAAAAGGAAGGGUCAGCAGAUAUUGUAAAUUUCAUAUGGAAAUUGAUGCAUCUGCAUGAUCCUAAAACAGACACAGCGAUGACGAGGGCACCACAUGACGAGUGAAGAAUGAACUAAAAAUAUUCUUAAAAUCAAAACAUGGAAACAAAGCAAUUGUGUUUUGAGGAAAGCAGCAGGUACUGCAGGGCAGCAAGCCAUGCAGGCAAAUACAAGGACACAGAGUUAUUGCAGCAAUGUUUUGACUUCAGCAAAUUGCCAAAUGGUUGCACAUUAGUUGCUUUCAUUUAGAAAAAACACGGGCACCUCAACUUGCAUCUUAUUAACGUCCCCAUCAAACAUUUUACUAUUGAAGACAAAUGAUGAAACUUAAAAUUUCGCAGCUUAUAAGCACAUUUUUGUUGUACAAUCAAUAAUUUACUUAGAUGGGAACUAUUGAAACUACUUUGAAUAAUUAACUGCGCUUACUAUAAUGCUUGACAUCCGUUAGAUAGUAUGUGUGGUAGAACUGAAACGAUUGUGUGUAUGAAGUGCCUUGAGGCUAUAUUUGUUGCGAACUGGCUAUAAAUAAAUAAACUGAAGUGAAAUUGAAAUGAACUAUAAGUGCAUACCACAUUCAUUAUGUUGCGACAGACUGGCGACCUGUCCAGGGUGAACCCCGCCUCUCGCCCGGAACGUAGCUGGAGAUAGACACCAGCAACCCUCCCAACCCCAUUAGGGACAAGGAUGAACAGAAAAUGGAUGGAUGGAUGGAUGGAUGGAUGGACAUUCAUUAUGUGACUAAUAAAUUGGCGCUUUUGGCUUGGGUGCUGGAAAUCAUUUAUCAGAGCAAUCUGAUUUUCUAAGCCUCCUAUCUGGAUCUUGGCAGUAACACAUAUGAAGUCUGAAUUUCUACUGGAAACUUUGCUGCAUGAAACUAAAUCAAAGUUGCAGCUACAAUCUAUUUUUAGGAUUUGAUAUGCUAUCUACCUACAUACGUAGCUAUGGAACAUGUCUAUUUGUGAGCAUGUACAUUGUGUAUUUAAAUGCAUAAAAUGGGGAGACAUCUGUUUUUGGCUUUUCUUGAUGUUGGUCAACAGAAGAAAUGAAAUGGCAAAUUCAACCCUUUUUCAAAUUCUCCAAUCGCCACAAUGAUGGAAAUGACAAAGUGUUGAUAAAUGACACUAAGUAACAAUAUAAAGCACACUUCUUUAUCUUUCUGCUUUGACUGGAUAACAAACAACCUUUGUUGAUAUUAAAAGCACACUAUAUUGGCUUUGAUUCAAAGUAGGAAAAAGGGUUGAAUCCUGUUGGACAUGUUGAAAUGAGUUAAGUAUCCAAGAUCAAGUUUAUGUAAUUAUUGACUCAUGUUAAGAAAAAUGGUGGACACAGUUUAAAAAAAAAAAAAAAAAAAAUGGCUCAGAUGAGCUAAUGGGGGCUGACGUGUUACGUUUAAAGAUUUCAGUUCUGCGUUCGCUUUCCAUCGACGGAAAUCUCUGACAUGCAGAAGAAUGCCAUUUGAGGUUCUCCCCCUCAGGUGACACAAACCUAGACUGAAGAAAAUAGGCUUUGUGGUAAAGAGUGGGAGGGAGAUGAUAUUUUGAUUUUCAAAGGGGAUUUCAAACUACUUUAUAACACAUGUUGACAUUUGCCACAGCAGGGGAACUAAGAUUGCUGUGUCUGUGAUGGAAUCACAGUGAAAAUGCCCGCCUUUAAAAUUAUAUUUAUACAAAACAAUUGUUAAAUAUUAAAGUCACUGUGUGUGCUUGCAGCUCUUAGAUCGUGUCUGUGUUCGGGAAUCCCCGUUAAAGUUAUGUUUCACCUCUGACCCCUGCUUUGUCCCCACAUCAGUUUAGCCAAAGAAUGGGAGUCCAAAGAGAGGUUGAGACUCUUGAAAGCCACUGAGAGGAGGGGACUUUGAGGAGAGGUUCGGGGGAAGGGGAGCAGAAAAAUCGGGCAGGUGUUUGGUUGAAAAGUGGGUAAGAACUACUGUGGUGCAUAUGUAUAUUUUUGUAUGGGUGUAUAUUUGAAUGUGUGGUUGGAAAGCGAUGAAACCAGACCAGCGUGAUGGAAAGUCAAGCCAACAGCUAAGACAAACACAAGGGGGGGCAGAGUGAAGAGAGUUGAGGACGAGGGGGAGAGGAGGGAUUACAGUGCAGGAGUGUUUUGUGUCAGGUUUACAUCGGCUGUCAUUAGGAUGCUGAUAUUGACCAGCAUUGACAGAGGUAGGGAUCUGUUUACGCUAGAGUCCAUUAUCAAGUUUGCACAGCGGGGAAUGCGUCCAUAUUUUGCCCUCCAGAACCCUCCCCCCCUCUUUUCCCCGUCAUCCAGAAGAGGACAAAACCUGGUCUGGAAUCCGGAUAAAGACGGUCUGUGGAUUUCACAGGGAUCUUUCACACACUCAGAAAACAGUGCGCUGUGUGUUUUCUUCAUUAUCAUAAUUGAGAGUGACUGGUAGGACCGUGGACUGGGAGGUGUUCAGCUCUCCCCCAUCCAAGUAAUCCUCAUUUGCCAAAUGAAUAAUUGAGAGGAGAGGCGUAUUGGGCUCUGCUCCAGACUCCUGAGGGGCAGAUGGGGUCAAACACGGUAGAUGAAGGCUGAGGGGUAAAUGUGAAGCAAAUUAUGUAUGUAGCUCUACCCAAGAGAAAUGAUCCCAAAUAGCCAAAAAAAACAAAAAAACAGAGGAGAUCAAGCCCACUGAUACUUGCUUCAAAGAGACACUGUUCAAAGUUGUUCAGCAGUAUAGAAUAUUUCAAGAAUUCACCAGUAUAGAAUGAAAUCAAAACAUCUCAUGUGUGAACACCAUCAGAAACAACUUACAGUAACUAUGUUCUAGCCUUCAGCUUUAUCUGUACUCAGUGGACAUAAUAUUUGCAAUUAGCAAUACAAGCUAAUAGCAUUUUACAACCCGAUAGCAAAAGCAUUUUAUACACUUAGGGACAAUUGUAUAUGCAUGCUUGUGGUUGGAUUAUUGGGAGGGUCUCGUUUCUAUUUCCAGAGGUCAUGUGGUGAGAGCUGAGGUACUUCCUGGACAGGUUGUCAGCCACCUGAGCGAAAUACAAACUCCCAUAAGUGCAAAUUCAGGGUGUGCCACUGCUGCUGUCAGCCAUAUUGAAUUUGGAGAUUGGGGUUGGUGAGAAACAACCAUUUUCCAUCUUUAAUUCUGAAUUCAGUGGGCUGUUCCUGUUAAUUUUCCCAACUUUAAUUUUUGUACAAUGUUUUACUUCAUGACAUGUGAACAACUUUUCCUAGUCUUUACUAUUUGUUAAGACCUCAGUUUGGAAAAAUUGUUGCUUAAAUAUGUCAUUAGGGCUUUCCAAGUCUAAAACAAUGCCCAGCUCUUCCAGACUGCAUGAGUUACGAACAAAUUCUGUGGUAUUUAAAGCUGUGUGCUUUUUUUCCAGUUAUUUAGACAACUGCUGAGUGGUGCCUCUCAGACAAUAACAAGAAUUGCAGGAAAAACAAAAAAAAUACAACAACAGGAUAAAUUUCCCUUGGUGGUGAAUAUAUGUUUCCAGUGGAGAUUGUGGUCUGGAACCAGACGCCUCUCAAAUGUUUUACUCAGUAAAAAAAAGUCUUCACAUCCUGCUGUCAUGCAUAACAUUUUUAAAUAUAAAUGCACAAUCGCUUAUUGUGUCACUUCUGUGAAAAUGUGUAUUUGUAGACCUGACUCCUGAGACAUUUCUUGGGCUCUCAGAAGACCCCUACUGGUUUUGGGACAUGGGGGCUAAGGUAAUGAUUAGCUUGCUUAUGUGUAGGGCUGGCUGCGCCUGUUUUGUUUGGCAUACUUAUAAAAGAGUGGAGCACGAUAAUACCACGAGGCGGACAAGCUAUUGUCCUCUUGUCUGUUUUGCUCUGCCUCCAAAUGCUGUGUUGUUUCAGUGAGUAUUUGGCUGGAGCUGAGCUGAAGAGGAGAGGUUACUCAGAGUCAUUGGAAUCCCCGCACAAUAGACACAGACCCCCCUCUUCUGCCUGGAACUCCAGGUUGUGAACCCCACUGCAAGAGCUCCGGCUACGUCCUCCAUCAUUCAUCCACCCACCAGGCUUUAGGCUCUCCCUCCAACACAGGAGCUCUCAGUGCUGCUAAAUGGCUCCCUUAAGAAGUAGCAUAAACACCACCGUUCAGUCCAAGGCCACGGUUUACUCUGGAAUGCACCACAUCACAACUCCUGGUAGAAAGCACUUUAUCGUCUAUCUCUCCCUCCUCUCUCUCUGUUCCCUCCCCUCGGAAUAAACGCGUUGCCAUGCCAUCGGCAGUCAGUGCAGUGGUUAAAACGCGCUCGUUCUCCUGGAUUUUAGUGCGUGAUGUGUUCAGUCAGCAACGUCGGACUGCGCGUGCUGAGCUGAACGAAGCGGCGUCUUCGUUGUCCUUGUCCCCCGGGACCCCACUCCUGCACUCCCGCUGCGGACCGAGACUUCCACCGGGCGGCCGAGAGACCGAAGCGACAGCACACCUGGAAAAUAGAUGGAGGGACCUGAGCCGCAGCUGUCGCCGCAGUCCACCUUUCUCCCGUGGUCCGAGGGGGGAGGGCGCUUGUAAGCUCGUCUGAGUCGGGGUUUGGGAAUGCCUUUCCGGGAUUAGAAGGUUAGUGUGUGAAAGACAAUGUCCCGCGGCUGGCUCGGGCAGUCCCGGCUAUUGUUGGCGCGGCGGCGGACGCACAGAGCUCAGUGUCACCCGGUCCGCCCCCACCUCCACCUCCACCUCCAGUAGCAGUUCAGGCUCUCGCGUCUCGGGCGUCCCGGAGUGUGAAGGAUGACUUCCUGGCAACGCAGCCGUCCUCUCCGUGUCCUCCUGCUCUGCUGCGUGGCGUUUGUUGUCUGCGCAGAAGCCUCCAGCGGCGGAGCCAGAGCGUGUUGGUCGCCCAGCGUCACCUCUUGCGCAGAUUGCCUACAACGUGGACCACAAUGUGCUUGGUGUUUCCAGGAGGACUACCUGCACGGGGCUGAGCAGAGCCGUCGCUGCGAUCUGCCGGACAACCUUCGCAGGAGAGGCUGCAGGCCUGAGUUCACAGAGCGGUCGGACGUCAAAGUGGAGGUCGAUGCCACGCUGAACGGCACACAAGUGUCCCCACGGGAAAUCAGCAUCACCCUCCGGCCAGGUUCAGAGGCCAGUUUCGUUGUUGCCGUGAAACAACUGGAGCGCUAUCCUGUAGAUCUCUACUACCUGGUGGACGUAUCAGCCUCCAUGCAGGAAAACCUUGAUCAUCUCAAGACAGUGGGCGUCGCACUGUCCCUCCGGAUGACGCAACACACGUCAGACCUUUGGCUAGGUUUUGGCUCAUUUGUCGACAAACCUGUCUCCCCUUUCAUCAGUGUCCAUCCCUCCAAAAUCGACAACCCCUGCAGUGAUUACCAGAUCCGCUGUCGUCCGGCCCACGGCUUCCACCACGUCCUCAGCAUGACCGGCAACAUCAGCGAGUUCACGCGAGUGAUGAAGCGCCAGCGCAUCUCCGCGAACGUGGACACGCCGGAGGGAGGACUGGACGCCAUGCUGCAGGCCGCUGUCUGCCAGCGUGCUGUUGGUUGGCGGCCAGAGGCAAAGCGCCUCUUGCUCCUGAUGACAGACCAGCCGUCUCACCUCGCCCUGGACAGCAGGCUGGCUGGGAUCGUAACGCCGCACGACGGCCGGUGUCACCUGGACAACAACGUUUACGCCGGAAGCACAAAGAUGGACCAUCCCAGUUUAGGUCUACUUUCUGACAAGCUGCUGGAAAACCAUAUCUACCCCAUCUUUGCUGUGGAGAAGAUGCAGUACCAGUGGUAUGAGGAGUUGGUGAAGCUGCUGCCUGGAUCAAUCCUGGGAAAGUUGGGCCUCUUUCAGGCACCGAACCUUAUAGAUCUGGUGGUAGAUGCGUACAAGAAACUGUUGUCUGAGGUGGCGGUGUCAGCGUCAGUGGAGGACAAGGCAGUCAGCAGGUACUGGGUGUCUGUUUCUCCUCUUUGUCCCCGCGGAUCCACUGCCAAGGACCAGAGCUGCUCAGGGGUGCAGCCAGGCCAGACGGUCUACUUUAAUAUCACCGUUGGCCAACACUCCUGUACUGAUGAUGGCGAAGAUGAAGAUGUGAGAAUGUUGGUGCGUCCGGUGGGCUACAAUGAGUCCACAGUGAUCAGUAUCCACUCUAAAUGUCAGUGCAAAUGUGGACCAACAGGCCUCUGCGAUGGCAACGAGCAGUCACCCUGCAGGGGAAGCCGCCACGGUGUCAGUCAAGAGCAGAGGCCAGAUCACGGACAUCUGAAAGACUCGAGCUCAGAUCCAAAUAGAAAUUGCAAAGCAGAUGGGUCAAAUGUGAACUGCAGCGGCAGGGGAGUGUGCGAGUGCGGAAAAUGUGUGUGUGAGCAAAGCAGGCUUGGGACGGUAUACGGAAAAUACUGUGAAAUGGAUGACUUCUCCUGCCCAUAUGAGAAGGGACAGCUGUGUGGAGGCCGAGGCGUGUGUGUGUCAGGCGAGUGUGUGUGCGAGGUCGGCUGGACAGGUGACAGUUGCAGCUGUCCCACCUCCAAAACCAGCUGUCAAUCUGCAGACGGCUUGCUUUGCAGUGGCUGUGGAAAGUGUGUGUGUGGCAAGUGUGUGUGUACUGAUCCCCAACGAUCUGGAGACUUCUGUGAGAGAUGUCCUACCUGCCAAGUCAUCCGAAAAUCCUCCUGUACGAAUGUGAACUGCCAUCAUUCUCGAGGUCUCUCCCAGAAAGAGGCAGAGCUAUGCAACACCACCUGCGCUCUUCACGUCGGCUCCAAAACAGAUUUUUCAGAGCGAGUCAGCAAUGGGCGGCUGGUUGGAACUUUCCUGUGUGUGUGCGCCCUGACGGUGCUGUGUGGGCUCGUGGUGGUGGCCGUGUCUCGGUUGCUGCUUCAGAGGAGAGUCAUGCCACGGGGGGGCGCUGGUGCAGAUUUAGGCUACCAUUGCACUGGAAAGGAUCGCUCAUAUAUUCCUACAACCAAUGAGAAAACAGUGACCUACAGGAGGGACUGUCCGCCUGACCAACCUGUGGAGAUGCACAUCCAGGUUCCCAAGAUGCCUCUUGAUGAUCACUGGCAGUUCUAACCAGGGCACAAAUGUUGAAGUCUGAAGGAAUGAGUGAAAGACAGAAAGAAGAAGAGCUGGACUAGAAACGUCUUUUCUGCUCCCUACACUCCCAGACAUCAAGAAAACUGGAUUUGAAGGACAACAUGAUGCUGAACUUGACUCCAACAUCUCAGUGGAAUUAGACUCUUUGAAAUGAACUAACCAAACCAUGGGAGGCUUUUUGACUACAGUGGCCAGUAUCUUUUGAAUCAAGAUGAAACAAAGUCGCCCACCUCUUCUUCCUCUGCAGCAGAAAGAGGCCACAGGGUAAAGAGGAAUUUGUGAAGGUUCCUCUUUUCUUAGAUAUGCAGAGCAACUUAUCUAUCGUAUGGAUGAGUGUGAGAGUGUCUGUGUGUGUUGUGCCUCUGGUUGCGUUUGUGCUCUCUAUUUAUGAUUUUAAAAUGUGACACUACAUGUUUGAAGUUCAUAUUUGUUUUAGAAGGCAACGUUCCACCUCCACCGUCUCACCGUCUUUGUCUGCCCCCAUGUGGUCAACUCCAUGUACUACAACCUGUCUAAAAACAGUCGACCUCAGCUGCAUUAUCUGUUCUACCAGUGACUGUCUGCUUUUAUUAACCCUUUUUUUAGUCAUGUGUAAAGGAUGAUUAAUUUUGUUCUGUGUGUUGACCUGCUCUUCACAGGAUACAUUUGCACUAGAAAGCUGCAUUAUACUACUGAAAACCGUGGGCACUCUGGGACAGGGGAGCUGUGAACUUUGGGCAUUAGAGGUCGUCUUUGUGCGUUCAAAGCUGAUGUAACAAAUUCACCCCCAACACUGGAACAAGAAUGGCUAAGAUUCCUAUUUAAACUGUGUUUAUAAUCACAAAACAAAGCAGUUAUUUAUAGCGAUGUAACAUCGGACACUUGAGCACGUGAGCUCUGCAUCACAGCCAUACUUUCCUGCUCUUGCUGAAGAUCUAUUUUCCAAAACCUCUGGACAACUUGAGGCUUUAAGGUACGAAUGGGCUCAGAUGGCACUGAGGACAGCAGUGUAACCUUUAUGCACUAGAAGAGAUUACCUGAGACUUUUGCUUUCAUUCCUACUCAAAUUUCUAAUUUUUCAAGUAGUUUUUUUUUGUUUUUUGUACUGUUUUACUUUUUCUGAAUGUUUAAAACACUAAUAGCUAUUUAUUUUUGAUCAAGUUACAGGAGAUCUCCUAUAACUCAUAAUAGUGCUUCACAAUAAGACGGAUACUGUAGUUUUUUAAGUGAACUGUGGAAGGUUUCAGCAAUAAGUAGCAUUAUUAAUAAUCUCAUCUAGUAUGGUACUGAGUUUUUACGUGAAAACAGCACUUUUUGUUGGUAGAUUUGUUCUAAGUUAUUGUGUGUGACCGUUUGUAUCACAAUAAAAUGUGCAAGAUUUUGUUUAGUUAUUACUUGAGUUAUCGUAUGUGUAUGAAACAACACGGCCUUAUAAAAAUAAGUCUUUACCGUUCAAAUAUCUGAAUGAAAAAAAAUAAUAAUAAUGACCAUCUUUUGACUUUAACGUUAGCAUCCAAAUCCAAAGAAGUUUCGGUUAAAGUAGGUGUUUGAUUAUUGCAAAAAUGAGUAGUUCUAUUUGUUUUUCAAAAUAAAACAUGUCUGUUGAA